AUGCAUGCUCAUCACGACGUCGCCACUUCCUUAAUUUGGGAGUUCAUCGCGUUGUCACAAUGUCCAUGCUUCCAUUGUCGUGACGUCGCUCCUCGUCACGACGUCACAUUUGCUUUGGCUCAUUUUAGUAAUGUUGUGAAGAUCUCACCGAAAUUCCCAAUUGAUAAAGCUUGCCUCCUUAGCUGCGGAAUAUCCACCGGGAUUGGAACAGCAUGGAAGGUGGCAGACAUUGAAGAAGGAACCGUUGGACUUGCGGUUGCAGAAGCGGCAAGGUUACGUGGAGCUUCAAAGAUCAUAGGUGUAGAUUUGAUUCAGGAAAAAAUGGAGAUAGGGAAAAAGUUUGGAGUUACCCAUUUCAUCAAUCCCAUGACAUGUGGAGAGAAAAAAUUCAGUGAGAUGAUUAAGGAAAUAACAGAUGGGGGAGCUGACUAUUGCUUUGAGCGCAUUGGAUUGGCUUCACUAAUGGAAGAUGCUUUCAAUAGCAGUAGAGUGAAUUGGGGCAAGACAGUGAUAUUAGGAUUGGAGAUGCAUCGCACACCAUUGGCUAUCAACACUAGUUUACUUCUAAGGGGCAGAACUGUGAUUGGGUGUUUAUUUGGAGGACUUAAACCCAAAUCUGGCAUUCCCUUCCUUGCUCAAAAAUACCGACACAAGGAGCUUAAUCUUGAUGGAUUCAAAAAUCAGGAAGUGGGUUUUGGGGAUAUCAACAAAGCUUUGGAUUCACUGCUUGAAGGAAAAAGUCUUCGUUGUAUUAUGCGGAUGGAUUAA